AUGGCUUUAGCUCUUGUUGAUCUGGUUGGUGCUGAGGGAGGGUUUGUGGCUGCUGCUGGCCUCUUGAAUGAGGUUGCUGGUGCUGCUGCACCACCAGCUGUUCUAGGGCCCAUGAGGUGGAACAACAACACCUCUGGUUUUGUGCUUAGGAGGAUGAUCCAGCUAGUGAGUGAUGUCAGUAGGCCUGACAAGGUUUUUAAGGACAAGGAUGUGAACUUAAUGGCCAAGCACCAUAAGGAGUACACUAGGGAGGCUGUUAGCCCAACUCAGGACAGUGAUGUGAAUGCAAUCAUGCUAGAGGGGGAGCACUACCUUGGGCACUGCAAGUUACCUAAAUUGUAUCCCCUCCUACAGGACCACCCUAAAGAUGAUGAGUUCCUUAACUAUCCUAUUAGGUUCUACCUAGAGAUGGAGGCCAUCUUUGGUCAUGCAAUGGCCACCGGUAAACACGGUAAACAUGUAAACACGGAUGAGAUGCUCUUCACUGAGAAAAUCAACACUGAAGUUGGUGAGGGCAGCAAGGCCACAGAGCUGUUGGCCACUUCUAGGGUUGGUGGGAAGAGGGAGAGAUGCACAUUCACUGAGGAUGAGAUGCUCUUGCUCACCAACAUGUCAGAUGCAGUGAACAAUGUUGCUAAUGCUCUUAGGGAAACUAGUCUAGCCCAUGUUGAUGCUAAUCUCUACCUUGCUGUUAUAGAGACUCUUGGCUUUUUUAGGAGGCCCUCAUAG